UCCCGCGCUGAGCCGCCGCGAGCGCCGGUCCGCGCGCGAGCGCACCCCGGAUCCAGUUCACGGCCGCGCUAUAACCGUACGGCUAUUUCGGCGCAUAAUACACCGAACGGUGCGGAGAGGCGUUCAGUUUCGCGCGGGCAGGUGCGCCGGCCGAGGUCGGGAGAUGCCGCGCCGCGAGCCCGCAUGACACCGCGCCAGCCGCGGCCAUGGAGCGCCGCCGCCGCGCGCGCCUCGACCCCGCCGCUCCCGCCGCCGCCACCGCCGCCGACUCCAUGACCAAGGCGGUGCGCCGCCGCGACAAGCCGCGCGAGCGCUGGCUGCUCUCGCGCAAGACAUGGAAGUACAUGUCGGACGCGGGCCGCCGGCUCAUCCCGGACGGCGCGCAAAACCGGCCCGAGGAUGUGCCCCGAAUUGAAGCCUAUUUCCAGGAGGUGUGUGCCAAGGAGCCGCGCUUCCUGCUGUGGCGCAAGAGCUCAUACCCGGGCGCCUUGCCGCGCCAGCGCCGCAAGAAGCGCGCACGCGGCGGGUCCGUACGCGCACGCUCUCCCCCCGACGACGCGCAGCCACCGCCCCCGCGUCCCACCGACCUCUUCAUAGGGCAUACGUCCGGUGGCCGUUUCGAUAUAGCCAAGCUUCGUCGCGACUUCUUUGCCACACCACCUCCGUCCGCCUCCGCACCGGGAUUCAACUUGAGGAGCUCGUUGUUCGAUGUGCAUCCGUCCAUCCGUCCACCCACCGUCGAGGAGGAGGAGCCAAGUCUGGUAGAUUUACUACGAAAGUACCUGAAAAUUGGAGAUGAUGCCAGCCCGCCAAAGGUCUCCGAAACGGACGAAUUGGUCCGCGCCUUGCGGGAUUACCUGAAGCGGCAGGCGGAGCGGGCGCCAAGCGACGCCGACGGCGACCCCACACACAGGAAUCUCUUGGAUAAUCUCGGAAGAUACUAUGUCCGAUCGCCAAACCGGGAUAAUAUAGUGCAAGAUUUGUUGGCCGAUAGGAAUCUUUUAAAAAGACUAUACCAUGAUCUUCGCAAAGCGAAGCCAUACCGUGGUGCAAGGAGUGGCGGUAGUGGCGGUGGCUCUAGCGGCUAUGGCUCGGGGAGCUUUGUUGUGGGCGGGACCAGCGGCAGGAGCCCGAUGCGCACUCGUGCGCUCCCUUUAAAUCGUAUCAAGAAUGGAGAGGAUGUGCGAUCGCCGCCGAUGUCGCCGCCUCCGCUCAUAGAGGUCUGUCACGAAUCACUAGAAGAUAAGUAUAUAGAUUGCGCGACUCAAACACUUCCGAUCCCCGAGGAGAUAUUGUCGGAGCUGGAGCGCGCGUACCGGGAGAAGCUGGAGGCCGCCACCGCGCCCACGAGCCCCACCAGCCCGCCGCCGGAGCGCAAGCCGGCGCGCCGCCGCUCCAGCGUCGACCACGAUGACGUCUCGCAGUCCGUCAGCGACACCAUCAAGCGGUAUCUGAGGAUGGCGCGCAAGAAGAGCGUGGACGCAGACAAAGCGGAUCGUUUCAAGCGCAUCAACUAUGACAAGAACUUACGCAACAUCAAACCGCGCAUGCCGGGCGAGGUUGACGAUGACGGACCCCAUAAAGGUUGCCAGACGGAGGAGGGUUGGAUCUUAACGUACCGGGAUUUGCAAUUCGCGUCAGUGGCGUCGACCCCAACUUCACCACCGUCACCCGCGUCGCCAUCGCAGUCGCACUCGUUCCUAUCGACUUUGCUUGGUCGAAGCGCUCCAGCGGUUGCUCCACCCGCAGGUGGCAUGCAGAAGUCGCGGUCGUCGAGCAGCGUGGUGCAGAGCGUGAGCAAGCGGCUGUGGCGCACGCGCAGCCGCAGCUCUAGCCGCGCCGCCUCCACAUGGACGCCUCAGGGCAGCUGUUGCUGGGUAGACGGCGCCGGACGGUGCGUGCGGUUGACCGACACGUCGCUGCUAGCGCUCAGCGAGGUGGAGCGACGGGCCGUGCAGCAGGCGGCGCUGGCGCGGCUGCAGCAGAUCAACCUCGGCACCGCAAUCAAGAUACCUGAAGAGAAUGCAGUGGCAGCCACGACCAAGCCGAAGCGGAGAGCCUACCUGCUGAAGAGGAAGGCUCUCACCACCGGCUUCUUCGACCAAAGCCGUACCAAGGACGCCGACAAGGAUAAAGAGGCGCCAAGCGGGAGCAUGUUUGGCGUGCCACUGGCGCAGUGCGUGGAAACGGAGCGGGCGCUGCGACGGCAGCAGCACGGCGGCUCCAGGGCCUCGCUCGCAUCGCUGGGGGCGCCCGAGAAGGGAGAUGAUAGUGAAUCCUGUGAUUCUGGGGAGUGGGGCUGGGCAGGGCUGGAGGAGGCUGGUGGUGGGGGCCCCAAGGUGCCCGCGAUGGUCUCCGCAUGCCUCGCCCAUCUCCGUCGCCAUGGCCUGCAUACAGUGGGACUGUUCCGCGUCUCCUCCUCAAAGAAAAGAGUUCGGCAGUUGCGGGAAGAAUGGGAGCGAAGUCAAGAGGCGGCGAUAGACGCGGCGGUGUGUCCACACGAUGUUGCCAACCUUCUGAAAGAGUUCCUGCGGGACUUGCCUGACCCUCUCCUUUGCCGGGACCUUUACUCGGCAUUUUUGCACACGCAAAAACUGAACCACCCCCGGUUCCAGUGGGAGGCGCUGCGGCUGAUCGUGCAGCUGCUGCCGGCGGCGCACCGCGACACUCUCAACGCAUUGCUUUCGUUCCUGGCGCUGCUCGCCGGACACGCUGAAGACUCCACGCAACCCGGCAACAAGAUGGACGCGGCCAACCUCGCUACCAUCAUCGCGCCCAAUAUAUUGCAUAGGAACAAGCCGAAUGAGGCUGCCAGCGCGGAACAACUAUCUGACCGUGCGGAUGUGAUCAACGUGGUGCGGCUGCUCGUGGAGCGGCAGGCGGAGCUGUGGACGCUGCCGGCGGAGCUGCUGCACGAGGCCUACAUACACCUCGCGCACAGUGCGCCGGCGCACCUCGACUCGCUGCUGCUGAGGAGAGCCGAAUGUGCAGCGGAAGCCAACACGGAUAACGCAGACCACGGAAUAAGGCGGGUGUGGUCACGCGAACAUUUCCUCCACAGCGCGGCGGCUACCGGCGGACCGGGGAAUGUCCCACCGGCCAGACGGAGUGAGAAGAGUCACCGCCGAAGAACUAGGGAGACCGCUUCCGACACAUCUUCGGGAUCGCUGUCUUCCGCCAUGACUAUAGUUACUAGGGUGCGCGGCGAGGACUACGGCGCGGGCGGGGGCGGGGGCGGGGGCGGCGCGGGGGGAGCGGGGGGCGCGCGAGACUCCGCGCCCGACUCCAACGACUCCGCCAGCGACUACAACGAGACGGGUCUAGGCGGGUCGGACGACGACAGCUGCGUGAUCACAGCAUCACUGCACAUCCCGGCGGCGUUCCCUCGUGAGGGGCGUGACUCACGCGAGUCCCGCGACUCACGGGACAGCCGUCGACCAGCGCCGCCGCCGCGCCGCCGCUCCACAUCGGGCUCGGAAUCCUCCGCCAAGCGAGACUCGGCCGUAGGCUCCUCGUCGCCAGCGUCGGCGUCCAACGCAUCUUCACCUCCUGCCAGCCCGCCGCCUGUCGUGUCCACGCCGCUGCGAGUGACGCUAACAUCCGCCAGUGAGGUCAGGAGGCCGCCUGAUAUCGACAGGAUCAUGGCUCUCAGCAGAGAACGCAACACAUCUGACGCCCGCGCAGUUGUUUUGCGGCAACAUGACGAGAGCACCGUCCGCACAAGAGUCUCUUCGCGGCAAGAGCAUACCGUUAGAAGAGAAGAGCACAAUGUCAGGAAAGAAGAUCACCUCAGAAGAGACGAACACGUCAGAAGAGACGAAACCGUCAGAAAAGAGGAUCACGUCAGAAAAGACGACGUUAGAAAAGAAGAGCAGUCAGUGAGUGUGAGGAGAGAGGAGAAGAGGGAAGGAGUGACGCUGUACAAACGAGGGGAGCUGAUCUCCAGCGCCCGCUCGCCGCCCGCAUGACAGAUUAUAACACGUGUUUUAUACAUAAACGUCUAUUUAUCAUUAUUUUCUUUUAUUAUAAAUAUUGUUGUAAGGAUA